AUGACAAUCUCAACGCCCCCGCACCCACACAUCGAGGGCCAACAGUCUGAGGUAGAGGAAAUGGAAGAGGAAGAACCACAGAAAGAUGAACCUGAAAACGAUGAAAACUGGAAUGGCUUAGAAGAAGCCAGCUGGUACAUGGCCAAAAUCAUGAACCUAAUAGCUGGCAUAGCGAACAAAGAAUUAUGGCAAGACUUUCUCCCGAUGUACAUGCACUGGUACCUUAGCCUACCCAGAUCCGAAUUCACACCCUUAGGGGAUGCGAUCAUGGUAGGAAAAGGAACAGAGGAAUGCCUAGCGGAGGCUGAAGCUAACAUCACCAAUCUAUCCUCAUCAAAUGCAUAUCUAACUGAUAGAAUAAGGACUUUAGAAAAAGAGCUACUAUCCUAUAAAGUGUCAAACACAACCAGUAGGGACCCAGAGACCGUGGCAGCACCCAUGGCGUCCCCACAGAAGACAUGGGCCAACAUGGCGAAAACCCCCCUGAAACCAACACAGAGUUGA